CCUGCCGGCCAAGGUUCUUGCUUGUAUUUUUCGUAUCAUUAUUCCAUUAUGAAAUCUUUUUCCCGACGGUCUUAAGUUUAUAUAUAAGAGAGUCUUUUUCGCCGGUCAUUUCCCGAGUUCAUUUUGUCAAUUCUGUCCUGCGUAUCGAGCAAAUAAAGGUGCUAUGGCAACUGCUCAAGCAAUGAGGGAGCAGGAAAAAACAGUUACUUGGUCGAGUAUUUUUCCUUCUCAACAAGUGACAGAACAGCAGUCAGCUUUAUUUGUGAAGAAGCUUUUAGCAGUCGCAGUCUCUAGUAUAACUUACCUCAGAACUAUAUUCCCAGAGCAUGCCUUUGGAGACAGAUGCUUAGAAGAUUUGAAUCUGAAAAUCCUGAAGGAUGACAGUGCUUGUCCAGGGGCAUGUCAAGUAAUACAGUGGAUCAAAGGUUGCUUUGAUGCUCUUGAUAAGGGAUAUCUCAGGAUGAUUAUUAUUGGUAUCUAUGGUGAUGCUGAAAACCCUGAUACUGUCAUUGAGACUUACACCUUUAAGUUCUCUUACGUUGGAAGUGAAGUCAGUAUCUUCAGGUAUAAAAGAAUUUUUGUCAAUGAUUUGAAACAGAAACUAUAA